AUGACGAAACCAAAAAUAAGGAAGUUGAUGUAGUUUAUAAUAGGUGUAAACAAUGCUGUGUUUGUGGCGCCGCUGAGAGCAUUCCGAGCUACAUGGACACAAGUGUGCUGUUUGUACAUACCUCAGAUAAUGCUUCUAUGCCAUAAUGAUGACAACUAGAAGCAACAUGCUCACUGCUGGAAUAUCUAACAAUAAGGUCAAAUACUCACGGCUGGCUGCUGAUGAUGAUGGUUACAUAGACUUACAGUUCAAGAAACCCCCUCCAAAGAUCCCAUACAAGGCGAUUGCACUGGCAAUAUUCCUGUUUCUGAUUGGCUCUUUACUAAUUAUCUUUGGGGCCCUUCUUCUGGCAGAAAUCAUACCGGUUGAGCAUCCCGACCGCACUAUUCCUGUCAUCAUCAUAGGGAUACUUGUUUUUCUUCCGGGAUUUUACCAUUUGAGAAUCGCCUACUAUGCUGCAAAGGGUUACCGGGGUUACUCCUAUGAUGACAUCCCAGACUUUGGCGACUGAACCAAAUACCAUCCAAUCAUCCCCUAUUUUUCCUCAUUGUGUAUCUUGGUGCCUGCUGUUUCCUGACUGAAUGUAUGUAUCAAAGAGUAAAACCAUAUAAUUUUAGGAUAGAUAUCUGUAUUUGUCUGGGUGGGCUUACUGAAAGAUUUAUGGUCUGUGUGUGUGUGUGUGUGUUUGUUUUGUUUGUUUUUUUUUCUCCUAACUUUCUUCCUAAAAUGUGGCUUGUGUGUUCACAUAUCUGCCAAAGCUUUACAGAAGUUAGAGACUUUACAUAUAUAUGCAGCUUUAUUAAUAUUAAAACACUCAGUGACUGGUGGAUAUCAGUCCAUCUGCUUACCUGAAACAGCACAUCAAUGUUUUUGCUGUUACGCACCUCACUACAUACAUUAAGAAAUGAUCAGUGAGUAUAGAUUUUGACAGAUGCCUUUAAUUUACUAUUCCUAGAGUGCACGACUGAGAAUCGGUGUGAUUAUUGUAUAGUACUUUAAUGAUGUACAAAUAGGC